AUGAAACUCGCCAUAAGCCUUUAUGCCAUAAAAAUGAAUCAACAAUACAAGGUAAAAAGGUCACCAUCCAAGGACUACAGCCUAAUAUGUGUUGACAGUAACUGCAAAUGGUACUUCCUAGCAUCAAAACAUGGCAAAACCGACAUGUUUAAGGUCAGAAAACUCAAUGACACUCAUACAUGCUCCCUAGAAAUCAUUUAUGAAGACCAUCCUCAGGCAACAAGUGACAUAAUUGGUGAUUGCAUCAAACGAAGGAUCAUAAACCCCAAAAGAAACUACAAACCAAAUGACAUUGUUGAAGACAUAGCAGAAGAUUAUAGUAUCUCCAUCUCCUACCACAAAGCAUGGAGAGCAAAAGAAAAAGCUACUUUCGACGUUAAAGGUAGCCCAUAUGAUUCAUACAAUGAAAUCCCCGGCUUCCUAUACAUGAUUCAAAAAUGCAACCCAGGAACAAUAACAGAUCUUGUACAAGAUGAUGAGGGGAGAUUCAAAUACUGUUUCUUUGCAUUAGUAUCUUCUAUCAAAGGCUGGAAUCACUGCACACCAAUAAUAGUUGUGGAUGCAACUUUUUUGAAGAAUGCAUAUGGAGGUACUCUUAUAGUUGCUUAUGCACAAGAUGCUGACAGACAUAUAUUUCCACUAGCUUUUGCAAUAGUCGAUUCAGAAAAUGAUGCGUCAUGGCAAUACUUCAUGGAUAAACUCAAACAAACAUAUGGGGAACGGGAAGAGCAAUGCAUAAUUUCAGAUAGACAUGAAAGUAUCGCCAAAUCAGUGAAAAUGAUAUCUCCCAACUUGAUGCAUGGGGUAUGUUGCUUCCAUCUAUUCCAAAAUAUAAAAUCAAGAUUUAGAAAAGGAGGAGAUGAGCUGAGAGAUGCAUUCUAUUGUGCAGCAAAAGCAUAUAAUCUUGCUGAUUUUGAAGGAUUCAUGAAAGAAAUAGACACCAUAGACAACCGAAUUCGUCCUUAG